AUGUUUCGGAAGAUAUUUUCCAGAUCUGUGCAUUGUUUGAGCUGUGGAUCGAAAUUUCAUAGGAUUCAAUAUGGUCCUGGGUUUCAAAAUCCUACCAAAAACCCAAGCUACCCGUCUUUCGCGGAGGCCCAAGAAAAAUCAUUCCAGGAGCUCUUGUCAAAUCUCAGUGAAGAACAAAAACGUGCAGUAGGAUUUAAAAACUUGGACGUACCGAUUCAUGAGGUUCCUGCGAGAAUCCUUGAACGAGAUUUCAAAAAGCGGUCAAAACAAGAGCGCGAAUUCUUGCAAUGCCGCUGGUGUAUCGACGCAAUGCAGGGUCGUGAAUACCCGGUGGUAGUGCCCAAGGUGGAUGUUAUUGGUGAGAUUCCUAACGGCUAUCAAAUUGUCCAUGUUAUUGACGCUAUGGAUUUCCCUAUGACUGUGUGCAAAGACAUUGUUUUAAAGUACGGGCCGAGAGUAGUGUUUGCAAUCACGCGGUGUGAUCUGCUGGCUGAUCACCACAAUAAACUGGGCAAACUCAAAAAUUAUAUGAUGGAAGAGGUGUUUGACAAAAUGAAAGUCGAUCCUCGCAAUGUUCACUUGCUUUCGGCCAAACGUAACUGGAACCUGGAAAAGUUCGCAGAGUGUCUGAAAGACGGCAAUGCUCUAGUGGGCAAGACGGGCAGCGGUAAAACAACAUUGGCAGUUGCAUUGUCGGGAAGUAUACUGCCCUAUCCGACAUGGGAGCUGCCAUUCACCACUCAGCGGGCGGAUGAGUAUAAAACCAAGCCUGAGUUCAGAUCCAAGCUUAUCCUUGACUUGCCGUCUCUCCCCGAAAGCACAAACAAGGGCAAAGGUAUUUACGGGCUUAUUAGACCCAAGUUUAUGCGCAAAAUAGUCGCUGGACAGCCCAUGACCAAGCUUGGAAACAAGUACUCUAGGCCCUCGAUUGUUGCCAAGCCCGGACAGUCCAUUUCGAUUGGUGGCAUGGUAGGAUUCGAGCUUCUAAAAGCCAAGCCCGGACAAGCUAUUCACGUGUGGCCGAUCAUUGGUGGCUUUAGUGCUAUACUCGGACGCAAAGUGUCUAGUAUCGAGAAGAUUUACCAGCUGAAUACCAGCCCUACUCCUCAACAUGACCAAUGGAAUAUUCUUGAUUCGCCAAAAGAGUCCGAGCCUCUACAGCAUCAGAUGUCGUUUCAGAUCCAGCGCAAUCAAGUGGGUCAAUCAGUCGUUGUUAGAGGGCUCGGCAUGCUUCAGGCCAAGCUGUAUGGAAACAUGAGUGAGCCGUACAAUAUCAAUGUCCACACAUUGCCUGGUGUCGAAUUGGGUCUGCGGACUGAGCUGCUGGAGUGGUUUCGUCUCAAAAACUAA